CGCGGGUGUGUUCCGGGUGGCGAGCGGUCCGGUCAGUCCAGUCGGUUGGGCGGCGGGCGCGGUGAUUGCAGCACCUCCAUCUUAAGGCAGACGGCGCUCGGGACGGGGACGGACGGACGGACGGAGACGAGCGGCCUCAGUCGGUGGCCGAGGAUCCGGAGAAGGUGGCUGCAGUGAUGCUGAGGCUGUUGUUGAGCAGCAAGAGACCCGGGCAGAAUGAGCAGUGUAACAUCCGUUCAGGAGAAUGUCGUUGUGGUCAAUAGUUUCAGUCACAGAACGUCCUUUGGUGCAGGUCAUUCAGUAAAUGCAAAUCAGCUGGUGACCAGGUUAGCGUCGUAUGAACCCAGUGAAACACGAACUAUUUCUGAUGUCAGAAGGACUUUCUGCUUAUUUGUUACAUUUGAUCUUUUAUUUGUCGGCUUGCUCUGGAUAAUAGAAUUAAAUGUGGAAGGAAACAUUAAAUCCAGGUUAAAAGAUGAAGUUCUCCAUUAUAACUUUAAACAUUCUUACUUUGACAUAUUUUUACUGGCGGUUUUUCGUUUUUUAGCGCUGAUAUUAGCAUAUGCCUUGUGCAAACUACGUCACUGGUGGGCAAUAGCGAUUACAACCGCCGUGACCAGUGGCUUUCUAAUUGCAAAAGUAAUUUUUUCAAAGCUUCUGAACCAAGGUAGUGCCUUUGCCUAUUUGCUGCCAGUCAUAUCCUUCAUACUAGCCUGGAUAGAGACCUGGUUCCUCGAUUUCAGUUUGCCACAAGAGGCAGAGAAUGAAAACAGAGUGGUUUCAAUACAUGCUGCAUCCGAACAUGCACCACUUAUCCAGCCCGGAGUCCUCUCUGAUGGCCAAUUUUAUUCUCCUCCUGAAUCUGUGUCUGCUUCUGAUGAAGAAGAUAACAAAGACGACGCUGAGAAGCCAACACUUCAAUAGAGUGUCUGGACCGUGGAUUCAGUCGAUUUAAAAGGGAUAAUGUAACCUGUUCUGAGACCAAAGGGCACUUUACUCUGACAUGAAAAUUUCUGAUGAAGAAAAUGAUGUGAAAAGCAAUAGGACACCCUUGGUUUGCUUUCAGUACUGGACUCCUUUUCCACCUGGUUGGAAAUUGCUUUUCUCUGCCUUACAUUAUGUUUGAAAGCUAUCCAUUAUCUUGCCUUCACUGAAAUAACUUUGCAGUAUUGAUUUUAGUAAUGAUUUGCUCUGCAGCAUUUUAGAAUGGCAGAUGAUAGGCUCAAAUGGAAUUCAUCAUUCUACUGAAAUCAUGUUUGAAGAAUUACUGCCAGGUCCAACUUGGAAAAAUGGGAUCAUGUUAUCCUAACCAACUGAGAUUUUGGCAAUAUCCACUUUCCAUAUGCAUUAUAUUGCACAAAGAGUUUAGAUUUUUUUUAUUGGCUUUUCAUUAUUUUAAAUGGAAUAUUUCAAAUGCAGUAAUUUAUAAAUUGCGAUGGGUUUCACUGAAAUGUUGAGGACUUAGUGAUACUUAUGCCUUAUUUGUAAAGGUAAGAGU